UACUGUAAAUUUUCACUGACUGGGAUUUUUGCUGUUCCCUCAUCUCUUUCUUUCCCUUCGCUGAUAAUCAAUGGAAAAGUUCAAGGAAAAACUUGCCUCUCUUCGCGCUGAAUCCGAUGCCGCUAAUGCUCGUGCUGAUGAACUAGAGGCCAAGGUCAAGCAGUUGGAAGCUGAACACACUUCCAAGGAUCACGAAAUCUUGUCUUUGCAAAUUCGUGUGAAGAAUCUCGAAGAACAGGCUGAAAAGGUGGAAACUGCCCUUCGCACCACUACUCAAAACUUCAACGAGGCAGAUUUGAAAGCAGAGGACAACGAGCGUAAGAAUGCAAAGCUGGAGCAAGAUCUGGCUGAAAAGGAGAAGCAAUACGAAGAGAUUGUUGAGAAGUUCAAUGCCUCCAAGGCUGAAUUGGAAGAACUCUCUCGCCAAUUCGAAGACUUGUAAAGACGCUGUUCUAUCGGCUGGCAAAACAAGCUUGUUUAUUCCCUUCUAUAAUCCCUUCUUAUCCCAAUUUUGUCGUUGUUUCCUUCUUUUCUUUUUAUAUCUCACUGACAAAGUAAAAAUACACGCGCAAACGCUAUCAAGCAGCACGGUUGUUUAAAAUAUUGCUUUGCCCGAAGAGACAU